GAGCUAGUUUCGGUGCAAGAAAGUACUUACUGUUUAAGUCCGAGAGUGCGUCUCGUUCGGUUUUUGGUGGUGGUGAAAGCCGCGGUAUGCAGCGUCCCGGCAGCGGGUUUGUUGCUUCCGUCGUUCUAUGGACGAUUUUUCUUCAACAUACGGAUGCCGAUUGGUGGCAAUUGGGAUUACCAAAUAUCAUGUCAAAUUCCGUGGACCUAACGCCAACGGAGCACGCAGAUCGUUGUAUGAAACUGGAUUAUUUUAUAGAACCACAGAAACAAUUAUGUGCAAGAUAUGACAAAAUAUUACCGAUAUUAGGAAAUGGUGCUCGCUUAGCUGUAGAAGAAUGUCAAAAUAUAUUUUUGUUCAGUCGAUGGAACUGUACUACAUUUCUUGAAAAGAACAACACCUUUGGAAAUGUUGUCACAAUCAGAAGUAGAGAGGCAGCAUAUUUAUCAGCAAUAUCAGCAGCUAGUGUCGCAUACGCAGUCACCCGAGCUUGUUCGAAAGGUGAAUUAGCUGAAUACUGUUCUUGUGAUACUAAAAUAAAGAAGAGAAAAACACAAAAGUUCAAAUGGGGCGGAUGUUCAGACGAUAUAAGAUACGGCGAAAACUUUAGUAAACAAUUUCUGGAUGUCCGAGAAGAUCCAAAUACCGCUUUAGGACUUAUGAAUCUCCAUAAUAAUGAGGCAGGCAGACGGAGCGUUCGAUCACGAAUGCAGCGUACUUGCAAAUGUCAUGGAGUUUCAGGCUCCUGCAGCAUGCAGAUUUGCUGGAGACGACUUCCUCCAUUUAAAGCAGUAGCAGAAGGUCUUUUCCAAAGAUAUGAAGGUGCUUCUCAUGUGAAGUUUGUCGAAAGGCGACGGAAAAAGUUGAAAGCAGUAAGUCCGGAUUUGAAGAAACCCAUCAGGACCGAUUUGGUCUUUUUAGACGACUCGCCAGAUUAUUGUGAGAAAAAUGAAACAUUAAAUAUUUUGGGUACUCACGGAAGAAUAUGCAACAAAACAAGUCACGGCAUGGACGGGUGUAGACUCCUUUGUUGUGGCAGAGGCUAUCAAACUCGAGUAAGAGAAGUCGAAGAAAAAUGCAAUUGUAGAUUUAUCUGGUGCUGUAAUGUAGUGUGUGAUGUAUGUAGAUCGAAAAAAGAAGAACAUGUUUGCAACUAGAUUAUAGUUAAUAGCUGUAUAAAGUAUUCUGACUGAAAAAUGUUUAAAAUAUGUAAUCGAAAAGUAUAUCAAUUGUUUGAACAUUCAUCUCACUGAAAUAAAAGAAUGAACUUACAUAUUAUCAUCAAAAGUAAUAUAUAAGAAAGUUUUUUCCCAAAAUAUGUAUAUAUAGUAGUUUCUGAUGGCAUAUUUAUAAAUAUUAAGAUUAUAAAAUUCGAGAAUCCAGGUAGUGAUAAUUUCAAAUUUUAUACGUAUGGGUAAGGAAGAGCGGGGUCUGUUGAGCGGCAAAGUCUGGUGCUCCACCUAUAGUAUCUCACACACGGUGUAUGAUACCUACGAGCGGUGGUUUAAGACAAAACAGGGGGUUGUGAGGCCUACGCUAAUGUUGCAUUAGUCGCCUUCGUUUUGGGUCAAAGCACGUUAUAUCGGAAGUUUAUUGGUAAAAGUAUGAAAACAUCGUGACAUUUAAAUUUGGUUUAAAAACAUCGAAUAAUAUACGGUCAUCAAGGAAGUGCAUUUUGACUAGUUGCUAGUUUCAUAAAUAAAGUAUUUCCAAUGGAAUGUGGUAAUCUAAAGAAUCGAUAAAACAAGUUGCAGAUGAAAUCCUUAACUGUUCAAGCAUCCGCAAAACUUCUAAAGAUAACAAAAUAGAUAGAACUACGCUAUCAAGGUAUGUUUAUAAGUUGAUCCUGAAUCUCAUGUGUUCAAGGAGUACACAAACACACGCCAAGUUUUUUCAAUUGAACAAGAAAAAAUAUGAAAAGUCCAUUUUAUAUUUUAUGGUUUAAGUCCGUCAGAUGUGCAUGGACUUGGUUUGUUUUAUGACAAGCUGGAUACAGUUAUGAGCAAGUAUCAAGCUUCCAGAAUAUGAAACAUCCACGAAACUGGUGUUCCAACAGUCUUGAAACCUAGUAAAAUAGUAGCGGUUAAAAGAAAAGCAUACUGUUAGUUCCGUUACGCCAGAAGGACGUAACACUAAUGUAACAGUAAUUGCGGCCGAAUCUCAGUUCCCGUGAUGCUGAUAUUUCCUUGGAAGAAGUUUGAACACUAUUUUAAUACAAAUAGAACACUAGUUGCCAAGAUUGUACUCAUGAUAAGCGCACUUCUGAUUUCAGUGCAUUUUAUGUUUGCAUGAACUGUGACAGUAACUAAACAAUUUAAGUAUAUUUUUUUCGAUACUAAGUUUAGUUAUGUUUUUGUUACUAUGAGGAAUCUCAGAUAUUUUGUUAUGUUUUUGUUUCUAUAUUUCAUAUGUUUUAAUGUGAUAAAAGUUUGUAUAAUAAUCCAAUGGUUCUUGUGAUCCCGUAGGGUUGUUCAAAAGACCUCGCUUGUGGUUCCUUAUAAAGUAAAUUUAUUAUGGUACACCAGGAAUUUGUUGAGUUUUUUUAUUUCAACAUAUGGUCCAAUAAAUGAACGACUGAUUUAAAAUUAAUUUUUUUUAUUAUUUCUUCGAAAACACCUUAACUGAUAUGAAGAAAAUUCGAAUCGAGUGACCCCGCUCUAUCCUACUUCAUAAUAUUCUUGCACCAUUAAAAUUCUGUUAUUACUGCAGGACAUUUCCUUAAAAUUUUAGAAUUCUAUCACCCAUUCGUUUCUUAAAAAUUCUCUUUUCUGAAAAUUUUGUUUACCUUCAUUUUUCAAAAUAUUCUUCUUUUUGUUUAUGUAAUGUAUGAAAAUAAUGUUAAUAGCGGUUAAAUGUUUCUGUACAGAUAUGUGCCAAAGUAUAUUGCCAAUUAUAAUGUGGAUAUUUGUAGUGUGUAUGUGUAUUUUUCUUGCCUAUGUAUGAUAUAUGUAUCUUGCUUAGGUACUCAAAAUGGCAAUGUAAACUCCGCACUUUGAUACUCUUAAUAUACAUAUUAGCACCUAUAAAAAUUUGAUUUUACAUGUACUACGUGAAGCAAUAGCCCAAUAGCGAGCUGAGGAUACUGGCGACUAACAACAAACAGAUCACCUAUAUUUACAUGAAUUAGGACAAUGUUAAAAAUAAAACUUAAAAGAAACUAUUUAUUUUGAAAUAAAAUAUUGCAUACAAAAAUGUUACAUCUUAUAUAAUUAUACCCAAUUCUAUUAAAAUUCAGCAAUUUAACUUCAUAAUACAUCCCUUGUAGUUGAUUUAGUAUUGUUUAUAGUCGGCAGCCAUUUAUUAAAACAUUUUAAGUCCUUAUGAGGAUUUAGUAACAAAUACAUCACAUUAAUAGAUUCUAAAUGUUAUACAAAACUUUUAUUGGAAGUCAUUUUGAAAAAUUAACCUCAGCUAACCACAUAAUCAAAAGAACACAAAAGUACAAGCAAAACACAACAAUAAUGAGUCAUCAAGAAAAACUGCACAAUGUCUACCAAUAUUAAAUUAUCCAAUUGUGUCUCAAGUUAGCCAACUUGAUAUAUAAUUAAGCUAGCAGAUCCAUCUAGGGCCCAGAACUUGAAUUACAAAAAUGAUUCAACCUUGGUCCACCUAUAUGGAAUGUCUAUAAAAUAGGUGGUUUGUGCUACUGACUCUAUUAUUAUUAUGCAGAUGACAAAAAUCAGUUGAACCAAUGAACAAGGCCACGAUAAAGCUGUUUUAUGUCUCAAUUAUUAUCAAAAAAUAUAAAUCUUAGUUCUAUACAAGAUAGUGAAAAAAUUAUCAAUUACAAUGUAGUGCAAACAUUGAAAACAAAUUUGAUAUUGUGCUAUUGUUGGUAAAAUAUGUGUAAUUUUUUAAAAACUGAAUUAUUGUUCAAAUCAUUUUUGACGAUUACUAUUAACAAUUUUAGUGUACAUAAAAAUACUUUUUCUCAAAACCAUGUAAGUCUCUUUAAAAUGUAUAAAAAUUAUGUGGAUAUAGAUUUAAGUUUGUAAAUUGACGCUUAUAAAAUUAAGUACGUAUGUAUGUAUUUAUACUUGACAUUAAAUAGUUGUUAUAUGUCUAUUUUCGUGCUGUACCUUUUAUAUUAAAUACUGUAGCUAAAUCAGAAAAUUCAUAUUUAUAUUCUUUAUGAAGUAUAUUCUGUGUUGCAUAACACCCACAGUUAAAAACAGCGUCGAAACAUUUUGAGAAUUAAAUAAUAGGUUCGUUCCAACAACAACCAAAAAUAGUGUAACAUGGCUAUCACUUAUCAAAUUCGGAUAACAAUUGUAACGAAAGACUCUUCUAUAAAGAAUAUGGAUAUUGAGCAAAACCAGACUAUUUAAACGUCUCACAUUUUGUAUUUCUGAUGUAGGAUUCCGAUCUUUUUAACGUCGAAAAAUUUCUUUCAACGUGUAUUCUGUGUUGCAUAACAUCCCCAGUUAAAAAACAGCUUCGAAUCAUUUUGAGGAUUAAAUAAUAGGUUCGUUCCAACAAUCAAAAAUUGUGUAGCAUGGCUUAAAGUAUACACCAAUCAAAACUCUUCUACAAAGAAUAUGGAUAUUGAGCAAAACCAGACUAUUUAAACGUCUCACUUUUUUGUUUUUCUGAUCUUUUUAACGUCGAAAAAUACCUUUGACUUGCAACAGUCGUUGCUGGCAACGUUGAAUAUAUUUUGAGUAAAUUGUGAAAAGUGGAUAAAGUAAUUUUGUCAUACAAACUUACAGCACAUCUCAGAUUUGAUGUUGAUUGAUGUACAUGUACCAUACCGAAAUUUUACCUAACACAGCAUCCUCACUGCAAUCGACAUCUGUAACAUAUUUGGCAAGAAGUUGUUUCUUUUGAUCAUCUUCAAGUAAUAUCAAUUCCUCUUUUGUUGGUAAUUGGUAUUGAAAAGAUUUUCAAAUGCCUUUGUGUUUAAUAAAACGAGAUUCUAGAUGUAGGAUAAAUCAAUCUAAGAAUGGUAUAAAUAUAAUAGCCAUUCUGUGAUAAAAACAAGAGUCUGUAGACCUGCCAGACGUGGAAUACCUAUGCAAUUCAAGGCUAUCAGCCUUUACCUGUACUUGCUCUUAUAUUAACUCGUGUUAUGCAAGAUAUCUCAGUGUCCAUAGUCUCUCUUCAACUGCAGAAGCGUAUCCCAUUGCAUUUACCAAGUCCAAAUGUUAUGAAUACAAAAAUCAGCUCAAGAUUGCACCGAUACUUGUUCGAUUCUGGUAACAGUACUAGCUAUCAACCGAGUACUGAAGAGACCACCCCGAGAGUCGAUUGAAGCACAAAACAGAAUGGUUCGUAUAAUGGUAACUACCUAGUUGGAAAGAGCUAGAAUACAAAAUCUACGUAGAUUUUGGGAAAGAAAUAUUUUUAAAAACCGAAAAGUACUAGGAGCAUAAAAUAAUUUAUCAAUGAAAAAUUUAGGAAUCCUGCCAUCGGAAAUCGAAAGUAUAGGACACUGGCUAAGUGUACUACUAAUAAGACAUAGUAGUAGAUUGAAUUUAAAUUAGCCAAACUCUAGUUAAAAACCAAGGAUCAAACUGGAAUACCUUUGAUAUCAACAAUACAUAAAAUUUUCGAGAAGAUUUUUAUUUUAAGUUAUCACAAUGUUUAGUUGUUCAUUAAAGAAUGAUUUUCACAUACCAGUAACUUCCUCUGGUACCCCAAUAUUAUCACAUCUUUACUAAACGGACUGUUAAUUACCACAACAAUAUGUACUCCAAACUAUACUGUCAACUGCACGUUUCGUUAAAGUUAUCACUUUCAAAUAUUGAAAUCGGUGUAUUGGUAGUAAACAGUGUGUGUAUAGAAUGAAUACUAUCAACGGUUUCAGUUAUUACAAUUUUGUUCUCCAAUAGUUUUACUCCAAUAACGUUCAUUCUUAAUAUCCACGUGAAAAAAGUUAUGAUUUUAAACACAAACUAAGAUGGAUAAAUUAAAACUGUUUGUGCAGCUCAGAGUCAGAAAAUUUAUUUAUAAUGUUAUUUUGUGUAAAUUUUAAUACAAUCAAAGAUCAAUUAACCACAAAUUCAAAGUGGAUUUAUACAGGUGGAUAAAAAGAAAGUAGUCGAUUUUAUGGACACAAGUUUAUACAGACCAUAUAAAAAUAAUCGUCGAAAAGAUUAUUAAUUUUUAACUUUUGAAUUGAAUUGAAAACUGCGUAUCUUACAACUACAAUAUAUAACCUUUAUAUACAGAUAUCAAUCGUCUAAUUUCACAUGUCACAAGCCUUCUACAUCCACAUGCAUUAGAUAUGCAUUAAGAUAGUAAACAAUUUUGAAAAUUUUCAAAUGGUAACUGGCGUCUCCUACAAGGAAAACUUUGGUUCUACUUGUGCACUUUGUUUUCCAGGUAGUUGUCGUCUUUUUCUAGUCGAUAUUUAGUUAUUUUUAACGACAUACGACGAAAAAAUCACGUCUUGGAGGCGUAAUAUGUCACAGCCUAGCGACCUCAUUUUCAACGUCCUAUUAGCAUCUUUAAUAGACGUACUAAUCACGUUAGUUUUGCCAGUACAAAUAAUUACCGCCGCCUAAUGGUCAAUUCUGUGGUACGUCGUUUCGUUAGACACCAGUAGCGAUAUUCCCAGCAGAAUGGCUGCUCUGGGGCCGGCGAGUCUUGGAAAGGUUUCGUGUUGUCCUUGUUGGUGUCGGAUGGUCAGGAAAUCUGCGACGAAAUUCCAAAAAGAAAUGGAAACCAUUACUCCGCAUUUUCAAAGAGUAAACAGAUUCAUGGCUUGUCGAUUCGUAUUCUGCGUUUGUUUAUUCCACAAAUGUCAUAACCGAAUUGACAAUUGCUGCUAUUAGCGAAAGUUAUAGGGUUUCCCAAUAGGGUUAUCACUUUUGCUCCACGCAUUAAUUGGCUUGCGCAAAAAUUAUAAUUUUUGGUUGUAUACAUGAACUCUAUUUACCUGUAAAAAUCCCAUUGUAUGAAAGAAGCGGAAAAUGUAUGUAGAUACACAGAGCUAUUAAUUCAUCCAACAAACAUUUGUCAAAGAAAACGUUCUAAAAGGUACAUUUUCUCAAGUUUAAUUAAUAUUCUCUGUCUAUUUAUUAAUUGAACAAAAAAAGAGAUCCUUUCAAAAUAUUUAUUAUAGUGCUAGAGUCGUGAGUAAAUUUUACAAGAAUAAAAUAUUCAAAAUGGAAGAAACAAUCUAAUAUCUCCAGUAAAGUAUGAUAUGAUUUUAGCGUGAAAAACACUAAAAUUGGCAUUUCCAUAAUAAUAAGGAUUUGCAGAAAAAAUUGUUUAUCAGAAAAUAGGUAGCGGAAGGCGAAAUAAUUUUGAGUUAGAAAAUAAGAAAAUGCAUCUUAGCAAGAAUGUGUGUAUUAAUUUUCAGUGUGUCCUUUAUUUUUACACUUCUGGCUAUAUUUUCCUUUUGCUUCCUGUACUAUUAAUAAAGAUACUUUUGAUAGUAUUUUUAUCCAAUGUACCUCUAAUUGAAAUGUUUCAUUAAUAAUAUUUUCUAGAAAUUAUCGUCCUAACAGGGUCCUUGCUGUGGUCGGUAAUUUUGGUGUUUAACAUCUUUAAAAAUUUAUAUAUCACUUAUUAUUUAUGAAUUUAGGUUGAACCGUAUUAUAUUAUAACAUAAAUUAUUAUAAAUCGCAAAUAUAAAUUGUGGAUAAUUUGAAAAAUAACACGUGACAGAAAACAUGUUUCUAUUGGUUACUGCGGUUGUGACGUAGAAAGUAAGUAAAUACUGAAACGUGGUCACCGCGUGUCGCCUUUCAAACACCAUUCUGUAGUUGUGAGUGGAGAUAAUUGGUUGAUUAGUGCAAUUUGUGUUUUUGAGAGGGUUUUAAAAACUAUUCUAAUUGAAAUGAUGGCCUAAAUAGGAUUUGUCGAAACAAGAUCGGACAAUCUACAUGGUUAGAUGCAUUCAUGGUUACUACGUUCUUUGUUAAUAAUCAAUCAUUUACUUCGGCUGAAUUACAUUGAGUGAAAGCAGAUACGCAAAUACUACUAAUUGGACUUUCUUAUAGUAACGUCAUUAUCAUAUGUGUUUGCUUGAACUGUAUUAAAAUGUAGUCAUAAAGCAGUUUUUGUUACAAUUUUUUUGCAUUGUAUUAGUUUCUACAUCAUAUAAUUUACCAAAUAUGUUUCAAGCUACAGUAAAAAUACCAAUAAGUUAACAUUUUUUAAAUACCAAUAGAAAAAACUCACAUUGAAAUGUUCUUCACGAACAUAUACUGGGCACUGGGCUGCCAGUUUGACCCUCGUAUAAUCUCUUCUCAUAGCUUGAAAUCAUCGUUUUUCCUCUCGAGUGACUUGCACGAAAACUUUAUUUGGUGUUUUUAUACUAGUGUUUGUACAUACGAUACGUCAUCUUGUAUUCUACAAAGUUGAAUACUCACAGCCGUGCGAGUGUUUUUUUAAAAGAAUCCCAACAACUCCGUUCAAACUGUAUUUACUUCUAACCUCACUUAAGUCUGUUUACUUACUUUCUACGUCACACAACGUCACACUCAGUCAUGUGACAACAAAUGCGUUUUGGCGCGUCAUUUAGGGAUUUAAAUUUAUUUAUUUUUUUCAUGAACUAAUAUACCGUUAAAAAAAAAUUAAAAAAUAGUGUGUGAUUAAGAACGAUAUACUAAACGUAGUUAAGGUAUAAAAAAUAGUAUGCAAGGACCUUACUGUAUCCUUUAUCCCAUGUAAAUUUACAAAAUGUAAUGUUACGGCCUAGCUAAAUUUUAUUUUGGGGAAUACUCGUACCAGUAUGAACGUGAAUUUGCUAAUUGACAAACCAAUGUAUUGGUAUUAAUAAUCAUGUUGCAAUUAUUCUUGAUCUAACAUUUUUUAUAAUCAUUCUUUGAUGGUGUAGUGGUUAAAUUAAUAUAGGAAAUGAUUUUUGUAAAUAUUAAUAUUACAUACUUAAUUUAUUAUAAAAAUAUACAAAAUACACAGUAUUAAAAUAUAUUUCUUUGUGUCAAAA